UCCUAUGCACCGGGAGGAGACCCCAGAAGAGGAACCAUCCUCCUCCACCUCAGCCAGGGCACCCAUUCUCCCCGUACGGGCCCUGGGAGGUACUGGCCCAGAUGGGGAACCAUCUUACCAGUAUUGGCCCUUUUCAAGCAGUGAUCUGUAUAACUGGAAGUCUCAAAACCCUCCUUUCUCUGAAGACCGGAGGGGCCUGACUGACCUGUUUGAGUCUGUCAUGCAUACACAUAGCCCCACAUGGGACGACUGCCAGCAGCUCCUUAAGACCUUGUUCACUACGGAAGAGCGCGAGCGGAUCCUCACGGAGGCCAGAAAGAAUGUCCCCUGCGACAACGGACGGCCAACGACCUUGCCGAACCUGAUCUACGAGCGCUUCUACUUGAAUAGACCGGAUUGGGACUUCGGGAACGUGGAAGGUAGGGAGCUUCUCCAGGUUUACCGCCAGACUCUUAGGGCAGGUCUCCGAGCAGCGGCACGCCGCCCCACCAAUUUGGCUAAGGUAAAAGCUGUGAUACAAGCGGAAAUGGAAAGCCCGGCUGUGUUCUUAGAACGACUCUAUGAUGCUUAUAGGCAGUACACCCCUUUGGACCCCCUGGCAGAGGAGAAUCAGUCAGCGGUAAUGAUGUCUUUUAUAAACCAGGCUGCCCCAGAUAUUAGAAAGAAAUAUAAGCAGGAAGGAUUGGGGGAAAUGACCAUUCGGGAUCUGAUGAAAGUGGCAGAGAGAGUUUUUAACACUCGGUUGACUCCGGAGGAAAGGUAGCAUAGGAUCAGAAAGGAAAAUGAGGAGUUAAAAGAAAGAAUUAGGAAAGAGGACAGAGAGCAUCUGAAUAGGGAGAACAAAAGACAGCAAAAGGAGAUGGCCAAGAUCCUCCUGGCAGGGGUGCAGGGCACAGCCUGGGCAGGACCAGGUCCAGCCGGACCAACCUGACCUCGAAAACUGCGGCCCAGGCUAGAUAGGGGGCAAUGCAUGAACUCCAAAGAAUAUGGACAUUGGAAGAAGGAAUUCCCCAAGCGCCAGAGCCACACCGGACAGGACGCUUGGGUUUUGCUGGCAGGAAUGGACAGGGACUAGGGGAGACGGGACUCAGAUCUUCUCCCCGAGUCUUGGGUAACUGUGUAUGUGGAGGGGAAACCAGUGGGA